AUGUCUAGAGUUAAUAAAAAAACUACUGUACCUACGGGUAAGAAAACUGGACAAAGAAUAAGUGCCAAAAAAGCAGCUAGUUAUUUACAUUCAAUGCAAAAUAUAAAAACAACAAAUAUAAUAGAAGAACCAAAAUGGAAUCCCAAACAUUUUAGAUUAUUUGUUGGAAAUUUAGGUCCAGAUGUUACAAAUGAUUUAUUAAAUCAAUCAUUUAAUAAAUACGAAACAUUAUCUGCUUAUUAUGUACCGAUUGAUAAAAAAACGCAAAAAAAUAAAGGGUUUGGAUUUGUUGCAUUUGAAAGUAGUGAAGAUUAUUUAAAAGCAUUCAAAGAAAUGAAUGGGAAAUAUAUUGGUCAAUAUCCAAUUCAAUUAAAAAGAGCAGAAUCAAAAGUACCAAAAAUAAAGAAAUGA